AAUGAUAGUAAAAAAUUUAAAGGAGAAGAUAAAAUGGAUGGUGCUCCUUCUCGUGUACUUCAUAUUCGAAAGUUACCUGGUGAAGUGACAGAAACUGAAGUUAUUGCUUUAGGCUUACCUUUUGGUAAAGUGACCAACAUCCUUAUGCUGAAAGGAAAAAAUCAGGCAUUUUUGGAACUAGCAACAGAGGAAGCCGCUAUUACUAUGGUUAAUUACUAUUCUGCUGUGACACCUCAUCUCCGUAACCAACCAAUUUAUAUCCAGUACUCCAAUCACAAAGAACUAAAAACAGAUAAUACAUUAAACCAACGUGCUCAAGCAGUUCUUCAAGCUGUGACAGCUGUCCAGACAGCAAAUACGCCUCUUAGUGGCACCACAGUUAGUGAGAGUGCAGUGACUCCAGCCCAGAGUCCAGUGCUUAGAAUAAUUAUUGACAAUAUGUACUACCCUGUAACACUUGAUGUUCUUCACCAAAUAUUUUCAAAGUUUGGUGCUGUAUUAAAGAUCAUCACAUUUACAAAAAAUAACCAGUUUCAGGCUCUUCUCCAGUAUGGUGAUCCAGUAAAUGCUCAACAAGCAAAACUAGCCCUAGAUGGUCAGAAUAUUUAUAAUGCUUGCUGUACACUAAGGAUUGAUUUUUCCAAACUUGUGAAUUUGAAUGUAAAAUACAACAAUGAUAAAAGUAGGGAUUAUACUCGACCUGAUCUUCCAUCUGGGGAUGGACAACCUGCAUUGGACCCAGCUAUUGCUGCAGCAUUUGCCAAGGAGACCUCUCUCUUAGGGCUUCCUGUUGCAGCUGUUCCAGGAGCUCUGAGUCCUUUGGCUAUUCCAAAUGCUGCUGCAGCAGCUGCUGCAGCUGCUGCUGGCCGAGUGGGUAUGCCUGGAGUCUCAGCUGGUGGCAAUACAGUCCUGUUGGUUAGCAAUUUAAAUGAAGAGAUGGUUACGCCCCAAAGUCUGUUUACCCUCUUCGGUGUUUAUGGAGAUGUGCAGCGUGUGAAGAUUUUGUACAAUAAGAAAGACAGUGCUCUGAUACAGAUGGCUGAUGGAAACCAAUCACAGCUUGCCAUGAACCAUCUUAAUGGACAGAAAAUGUAUGGCAAAAUUAUUCGUGUUACUCUGUCUAAACAUCAGACUGUACAACUACCUCGAGAGGGACUUGAUGAUCAAGGGCUAACAAAGGAUUUUGGUAAUUCCCCAUUGCAUCGUUUUAAGAAACCUGGAUCCAAAAAUUUUCAGAACAUUUUUCCUCCUUCUGCAACCCUACACCUAUCCAAUAUCCCUCCUUCAGUAGCAGAAGAGGAUCUACGAACACUGUUUGCUAACACUGGGGGCACUGUGAAAGCAUUUAAGUUUUUUCAAAGAGAUCACAAAAUGGCUCUUCUUCAGAUGGCAACAGUGGAAGAAGCUAUCCAGGCCUUGAUUGAUCUUCAUAAUUAUAACCUUGGUGAAAACCAUCAUCUGAGAGUGUCUUUCUCCAAGUCAACAAUUUAA